AGAACCAACAUCAACCAUGAUUUGACAUUUAAGAAAGUCAAAUAUUUGAAUGACCCCACCUUUUUGGGAGGAUUAAUGUUCAGUGCAUCAUGAAUAUCAUUCUCAAUCUUCAAAAUCUGCUAAUAUGGGAGCACGAUGCAUAACUGACACAUAAUUAGUCCAAUCAUGAACAUUAUUUAAUUAAUUGAAAGUUGGAAACUAACUACGUGCUUGCAUGAUGAUAAAGCAUUAGGCGAGAAAAUGAUACUUGAUCUAAUAAUAAGAUCUUUACACUAGAAAUACCAUAAGUAAGGUGUUCUGGAUUCAUGAAUUGUAAUCACCUAGCAAGAAAGAAAUUAAAAUGGCAGUGUCAAUAUCCAGAAGAAGAUCAAAACCAUAUAGAAAGCAAGAAGCUAAACAAUCUUAUUUUCAUUUUAGUGCCAUAUACAACUUUCUGAGUAGAAUAUCUGUUGCAUUGUUCCUUCUAAUCCUUAUAUACAUGUGGUGUUCCUUCUCCACCAUUAUAACUGGAAACAUAGUUCAUGUUUGCUUCUCUUCUUCAAGGAAGCUUCAUAGCCUCUAUUGUCUUUCUGCAGGCACUCAUCCCUCCUUUGAAAUCCCAACUUCCACAAACAAUCACAGUUUCUUAGCACCUCGAAUAUUCGAAGGCAACAAUGCAACUGAGCCUGUUAAGUUUUCAGUUGGAUCAAAUCUUGUUACUAGCAACAAUGGAAGAUAUGAUGAAGAGGUUGCAAAUGCAGUGAAGGUUGUUGAGGAGCAUUUGCAGGUUCAUCGAUCGUGGAGGUCGAAUAGAAGCAAUGCAGAAUCAUGCAGUGGUGAAGGGAUAUAUGUGUAUGACUUGCCAUCCAAGUUUAACAAGGAUUUGGUAGGUCAAUGCAGCAAGAUGAUUCCAUGGCAAGAUUUUUGUAGUUACUUAAGCAAUGAUGGAUUUGGAAAGGCUAUUAUUGCUAAUAAUAAGUUUGGUAAAGGAUGGUAUCAAACUCAUCAAUACUCACUUGAACUCAUAUUCCAUUCAAGGAUUUUGAAGCAUCCAUGCAGGGUUUAUAAUGAGAAUGAAGCAAAGAUCUUCUAUGUGCCAUUCUAUGGUGGCUUAGAUGUGCUGAGAUGGCAUUUCAAGAAUGUUUCAAAUGAUGUGAAGGACGGUUUGAGUUUGGAGCUGGUGAAUUGGCUUCAGAGACAGAGGCCAUGGAAAAGAAAUGAAGGUAAGGAUCAUGUUCUUGUGUUGGGAAAAAUCUCAUGGGAUUUUAGGAGAACUAAUAAUAGUGAAUCUCCAUGGGGUACUAGAUUGUUAGAGCUUGAGAAAAUGCAGAAUCCAAUCAAGAUCUUGAUCGAACGCCAGCCGUGGCAUGCGAAUGACAUUGGAGUUCCUCAUCCAACUUACUUCCAUCCAAGUUCAGACAAUGACAUCAUUUCAUGGCAACUGAAAAUCAUUAGAUCGAAUCGCAAGAGCCUUGUUAGUUUCGCUGGAGCGGCGCGCUCUGAUGCAGAGGACAGCAUAAGAAGAAUACUAAUAGAUCAAUGCAGUAGCAAUGGUAGAUGCAAGUUUCUGAAUUGCAGUUCUGCCAAGUGUAAUGAGGCAGAGUCAAUCAUAGAUGUUUUUGUUGAGUCAGAGUUUUGCUUGCAGCCUCCAGGGGAUAGCCCUACAAGAAAGUCUGUUUUCGAUUCGCUGAUAUCGGGUUGCAUCCCAGUUCUGUUUGAUCCUUUCACAGCUUAUUACCAAUAUCCAUGGCAUUUACCUGAGGAUCAUGACAAGUAUUCAGUGUUUAUAGAUAAGAAAGAAGUGAAGGAAAAGAAUUUGAAUGUGGUGGAGAGGCUAAGCAAUGUUUCAUCAAGAGAAAGGGAAAACAUGAGGAGGUAUAUUGUGUAUGAACUUCUUCCUGGUUUAGUAUAUGCUGAUCACAAUGCCUUGCUUUACAAGUUUCAGGAUGCAUUUGCUAUUACAAUCAAUAAUCUGCUUCUGAGGGGUACAAGAUUAGCUACAUGAUUCUUUCAUUACACCUUUAAUCAAUAUUUGUAACUAUAUUUUUUAUCAAUGACAAUGUGUUAAUUGUUUGAAUUGGCACAGGCCGGUUUCCGAUUCCACAAGCAAUAAAAUAUUACAUGGAUAUGAAAAAUGAGAUAAUACUAUAACACUUGUGGAUUCCUAUAUUCCAAGGCAUAUUCAUCCUAAUUUGAUUAACUAUGUGAACAAUAAGAAUAUACCAGUUGAAUUCUUAUGAUGCUUACUCUAGAAGCUAAUAAA